AUGUCUUCCGGCAGCGCCCGCGUUCAGCACCCCGCUCCCGACUUCAAGGUCACCGCCGUCGUUGACGGUGCCUUCGAGGAGAUCAGCCUCUCCGACUACACCUCCAAGGGCCAAUGGCUCGUCCUUGCCUUCAUUCCCAUGGCCUGGACCUUCGUCUGCCCCACUGAGAUCAUCGCCUUCAGCGAUGCCGUCCAGCAGUUCAACCAGCGUGGCGUCUCGGUCGCUUUCGCCUCGACCGACUCCGAGUACAGCCUGCUCGCGUGGAGCACCGUUGCCCGCAAGGACGGCGGUCUCGGCGGCAUCAACAUCCCUCUGAUCAGCGACAAGAACCACAAGCUCAGCAAGGACUACGGUGUCCUGAUCGAGGACGCUGGCGUUGCCCUCCGUGGCCUCUUCAUCAUCGACCCCAAGGGCGUUGUCCGCCAGAUCACCAUCAACGACCUUCCCGUCGGCCGCAGCGUUGACGAGGCCAUCCGUCUCAUCGACGCCUUCCAGUUCACCGAGAAGUACGGCGAGGUCUGCCCUGCCAACUGGAACCCCGGCCAGGACACCAUCAAGGCCGACCCCGUUGGCCAGAAGGCCUACCUCGACAAGAAGUACGGCGGUGAUGCCAUGACCCAGUAA